AUGGAGAACUGGAAUCCCGCCUCCUGGACUGCAAAACCCAUCAAGCAAGAUGUGGUCUACGACGAUACCGAGGGUGUACAAGCGGCGCUGGCUAAGCUCCGGAAGCUCCCUCCCCUAGUCACAACGCAGGAGAUUGUGAACCUCAAGAAGAAUCUGCGAAAUGUGGCUCUCGGGAAAGCGUUUGUGCUUCAGGGAGGUGAUUGCGCCGAGCUGUUCGAUUACUGCAAUCAGGAUAUGGUAGAAGCUAAACUCAAGCUGCUACUGCAGAUGAGUCUGAUUUUGAUUUGGGGAGCGAACAAACCAGUCGUGCGAAUCGCGCGUAUAGCAGGGCAAUUCGCCAAGCCCCGGUCAAAUCCCAUGGAAGUCGUCAAUGGUGUGGAGAUGCCCUCGUUCCGCGGUGAUAAUAUCAACGGCUUCGCUGCCACUCCAGAGUCUCGCAAACCCGACCCCUCACGGCUAGUCGACGCCUACUUCCACUCCGCAGCAACCCUUAACUACAUGCGUGCCUCCCUCUCGUCGGGUCUGGCAGACCUGCAUUCCCCGCUGGACUGGGGACUGGGCCACGUCAUCACUCCAUCUAUCAAGGAGAAGUACGAGCGCAUUGUGAGCAGAGUCAAAGACGCGCUGCGCUUCAUGCACACCGUAGGCAUCGACACGGACCGCGGCGUCGAGUCCGUCGACGUCUACACCAGCCAUGAGGGUCUCCUCCUCGAAUACGAGCAGAGUCUCACCCGCCUCCUCCGCAACCCUGUCUCCACACCUGCCCCUACCGAAGCGCAAAGCUACUACGCCACCUCGUCACACUUCCUCUGGAUCGGCGACCGCACCCGCCAGCUCGAUGGCGCCCACGUCGAGUUCUUCCGUGGCAUCGCGAACCCCAUCGGCGUCAAGAUCGGUCCCAGCAUGUCCCCCGACGACCUCGUCCGCCUCCUCGACGUUGUCAACCCUUCCCGCGAAGUCGGCAAGGUAACCCUCAUCUCGCGCUACGGCGCCGCAAAGAUUGCCGAGCACCUCCCCGCCCACAUCGCCGCCGUCCAGGCCUCCGGCCACAUCCCCGUCUGGCAGUGCGACCCCAUGCACGGCAACACCCAGUCCACCCCGGCCGGCAUCAAGACCCGCCACUUCAGCGACAUCCUCUCCGAGCUGCGGCAGGCGCUCGAGAUCCACCGCGCCGCCGGCUCCUUCCUCGGCGGCAUGCACCUCGAGCUUACCGGCGAGGCCGUCACCGAGUGUGUCGGCGGCGCCGGCGGCCUAACCGAGGAGGGGCUCGGGGAGCGGUACACGACCUUCUGUGACCCGCGCCUGAACGAGAAGCAGGCGCUGGAGCUCGCUUUCCUGGUCGCGGGUUUCUACCGCGAGUUCGACGAUGCGGAAGGCAUGAACUCGAUCUAA